AUGGCCGCCCCCAUGCGUAACCCAAAGGAUUCCAUGACGUCCACCUGGCGUUCAUGGGAUCGUUCAAAAUGGACAUCCAGCCACUGGCUUCUCGAAAUCUUAAAUGUGCACCACAUUGAUCUGAAUCAAGAAGUCCCAGUGCAUCAGAAAACGGACAAAGUCCCAUAUGCGCCAGAGUUACAGUUUCACCGAUGGGUGCUCCUUCACGCUUUCGUCCCACUGGCCCUCCACCAACUCUACAUCAACUACGUUGGGUACCCCUCCGUAUGGCUGGUCUUUAUCUUCUACAGCCUAGCCCUGGAAUUCAUUGCCGUGCACGAAACACACGUUCUCCGCCGCAUGGGCCACAAGAUCGGAUUCUUCGAUGGAGACAAGCACGCUCGCGAUGGUGUGCCAGACGUGGGUGUUGAUAAGACAGCAAAUUCCCUUUUGUCGGUCAUAGCGCUCCGACCAAUGCUCACCACCUUCCUCACCUACCACGCCGAUGAAGGCCCUGCCUCUAUGAGAUGGGGAUGGGUCUUCUUCGAGACUGGCGUGUAUGCGGUCGUUCUCGACUUCUGGUAUUACAUGAUGCACCGCUCCGCACACGAGAUCGAGCACCUUUGGCGAUUCCACCGUACCCACCACUUGACUAAGCAUCCCAACCCUCUGUUGACCGCGUACGCGGACACCGUGCAGGAGUUUAUUGACAUUGUUGGCACACCGUUCAUCACCUAUGCUACAAUGAAGCUAAUGGGUUUCCCCAUGGGCUUCUAUGAGUGGUGGGUCUGUCAGCAGUACGUGGUGUUCACGGAGGUCCUGGGUCAUAGUGGCUUGCGGAUGAAAGCUACUGCUGUGAAUCCCUGGACAUGGCUGCUACGGGUGUGUGAUAUGGACCUUGUUAUUGAGGAUCAUGAUCUUCAUCAUCGCAAGGGCUGGAAGAAUAGCCAUAAUUAUGGCAAGCAGACACGGGUGUGGGAUCGAUUGUUCAAUACAGAUAUUCCUCGGAUAGAGGGACAUGACGAUAAUAUUGACUAUGUGAACACCGCGGAGUUACCUUUGUUUUGA